AUGCGUUUUAUAGAUUUAAGCUCCUUUAUCAUUAUAAUAAGAGUUACUUACUCAAAUCUGGUUUUGUAUAAUCUGUAAGACUGUUAACUAAGACACACUAAAAUGAGAAUGCGCUCAAAUGAGACGCGCUAAAAUGGGAACGAGCUCAAAUGAGACGCGCUAAAAAAACACGCACUAAAAUGCAACGUACUCAAAUGAGACGCACUCAAGUGAAGCCCCACCGGAGCAUAUCUAGCAUCUCAGAGCAGGAGGGUGGUAUUGCCAAAAAAAGUUUUCAUUCUUCCAGAAAAAGAUGUUUUUUUGAAGAACGAAAGAAAAACGUUUUGGGAUUAGGUUCAAGCACGAAACUUUAGGGACAGUACCGAGUAAGACGCACAAGUGACUGCAACUUUUUCCUUGCUCAUUUAUGUUAUGUUUGUGUUCUGCACGAUAAGAUCAUAUGACCAAUUUUAUGUCACGACAUAAUACAGAAACUUUUCUGGAAACGGGGGCUGGUAAACACCCUCUACCACCUCCCAGUAGGUACGCCCCUGUCUGUCAAUAUUUCACGAUAACUGAUUACCAUUCCUUUACCGGAUAUUACAGUUCUAAUAUGGUAGUUCUAAUGUUUAUCGCGAUAAACGAUCUGCUGCGAUGAACAGUGUUCCUGCGAUGAUUACAGAUCCGUACACAUAUCAAGUCGCGAUUUAUCUCGGUAAAUAUCGAGGUGGAUAAAAUCGACAGCCAUCUCGAUACCUUUUAUAUUGCUCUAGAUAUCACAGCUAUUUCUCGCGAUAAAGUUAUCGAAAAAGUUCUCAUGGACUGAACCAUCAGAGUUUCUUGUUGAAUAAAGACUUGUUAGUGAAAAAUCAUCUUUAUUAAUAAGACAAACACAAUGAGGUUUUGAAGGAAAUUGGAGUUAAUAAACGAAACUCGAUUGGUGCACAUGUAUAAUUAUAUUGGCAUAAAAUUUAAUCGUGUUUUUAAUGAAGUGUUCGUGGAAAAUUUUGAUUAUUAGGUUUUUCUUUGGUUAAUGGAUUAUAGGAUGACGUUGCUGAUGCCAUUAUCAUUGUAUACGAAAGUUAAGAAGUAGUUUGUGACUUAUUCAUGAGUAGCACUUGAUACUUUUUAGGUUUAAAUAAGCCAUUGAUGAUCUAUGACAAGUGCAUACUUAUUUCAUAUUGAUUUUUCAUCACUUAGUCAGUUGGUGUAAACGUGAUCAUCCUCGAAAUCAUUCAUAUUGUUCUCUCUUUUUAGAUGCUCUAAUAUAUUGCGAAUGCAGUUAAAACCACCUUAAAAGUAUAUAUUUGUAUUCAUGGUCUACAUCAUAUCGAUGUUUGGCGUUAAAGUUCGUUUACAUCCAGGAACCACUCGAUUAAUUUUGUGUAUUUGUUUAUUGUUCGCUGUUAUUUGUUUAUAUACGCUAUUCCUUCACCAGUAUACACGUCUGUCAUCAAGAACUUAUAUUGAAAAGGAUAAUGGUGAAACAGUUGAUUUAUACGAUUUAUUUAUGAAAGGUUUUCGUUUAACUUAUAAAGCUGGUCAACUGAUUAAAAAUAUAAAACUGAAUAAUUCACUUAUAUUUAAUAAACAAUAUAAAGACCUAUUUCAAAAUUUACCAAAGGAACCGGUCACCAUAGCUGAUCUCCUUUCCCAUGCAAUAAUAACAAAUGGUCUGAAAUCAACAUUUCCAAGAGUAAAAAUUGUAUCAGAAGAAAAGCCAUCAGAUCCAAUAUCUGACGAUCAAAUGCGAUUGAUCAAAUCAAGUAAUCGCUUGAAAAAUAUGCCAAAAUUACCAUCGAUCGAAAGAGAUUAUACAACAAUGGUUGUACCGUUAUCAUCUGUGACCGUUUGGAUUGAUCCUCUCGAUGCUACACAAGAAUACACAGAAAAUUUGACUGACUAUGUUAUGGUUAUGUUUUGUGUUGCCAUCGAAGGUGAACCAACAAUCGGAAUUUUAUAUGCUCCAUUUACUGAAAAAUUCGUAUGGGGUUGGUUCGGCGUUGAUAAAUCAUGGGUAGAUCUAUCUCAGCCAAAACACAUUGCACAAGUCCACGAAGUUAUUGUAUCUCGUUCUCAUGCAGGAAAUAUUCAAAAAAUAUUACAAAAGAUUUAUGCCGAUGAACAAUUUGAAAUUGUACCUGCGGCCGGUUCUGGUUAUAAAACGUUGAAAAUAAUCGAAGAACAAGCUGAUUUCUAUUUACAUGUGACAGCAAUUAAAAAAUGGGAUACAUGUGCACCCAAUGCAUUGUUACGAGCACAUAAUGGACACAUGACAACAUUAAAUAACAAAACAAUUGAUUAUAAAUCUGAUAAUGAUAUCGUGCUAAAAGAUGGACUAUUAGCAACGUUGAAACGAGAUCAUAAUGAAGUGUUAAAUAAACUAAAUUUAACAAAUAUAGCUGCUCAACAACAAGCGGAGAUGAAGAAAGGAAAAAAUAAACAUAAGAGAUCGUAA